AUGGCUACUUUCCAUGAUAAAGACCAUAAUAUAGUCGAAAUUGAAGAUCAUGGUUGUGAAAUUACUACAGAAUUGAGUGAAAGCAAUCAUGAUGAAUUGGUGAAUAAUGGUGAAUUUAAUAUAGGUGAGAUCGAACAAAAUGUCAAUGCGGAUGCGAAGAGUGAUGUGAAUAAUGACGCAAUAGAGUUAUGUAUUGGAAUGGAGUUUCAAUCACUAGAUGAUGCUUUAAUGUGCUAUACUAAUUAUGCAAAAUAUGAAGGUCUUGGAAUUCGCAAAAGCCGCAUAGUAAAGUCUAGAAAGAAUCAAAUGGUUAUUGGACAAGAUUGUAUUGUCGAAUUUGUUGGCGACUGGGCAACGGAUUCACCCUUUGAGCUCCCUGAGGAAUUUCAUUAUCUCUGUAAUUUCUCAGCUCACAAGGUUGCUUUUACUGCCUUCAAUGCUCCCAGGCUUGGCAGUUUAACACUCCAGUAUUAUUGCAAUGAUGACGAUAUCGACGAUUAUGUUCCUAUUCUCCCGGUUAGCUUGGACUUGUCAUUUAUUCAUACUCUUUGUUUGGAUUUCAAUUUCAAGCCUUUCAAGCUUUUUGCCAGCGAACUUACUAGAUGGGGACCUGAACUAAAUGUGGAAUGCGUGGAGUUAUACGAUGUCAAUGUUCUUUAUGAUGAUGACUUCUCUUCAUUUAUUCAUUCAUUACUAAUAUGUCCGAAAUUACGCAAGCUUGACAUAUAUCAUUUAUACUUUUAUGCAGAAAUCUCUAGAUCUAUACUUUGGGAGGAACUUCAAAGUGCAGCUAAAGUGCUUAAAAUGCUUCACACUUUUAAGCUUAGAUUAUUCAAUGGGUCAAGGUUUGAAUUGCAAUUCAUCGAGGUGCUACUUGCUUGCUUUCCCGCACUUGAAAAGGUUGUCAUUAUUCGCCAUAUGGAGUUUGAUUCCAAUGAGGAGUUUGAAAUCAUGCAAAAGUUUUUUCAUUUUCCUCGUGCAUCAAAGAAAGCAAAAAUUGUUUACAUAUAAGCAUCUUAUUAUAUUUUUGUUGAAUUAAUAUAUGCAUCUCCUUGAUUCACUCUUUGAGUUCAAUAUUUUGUAAUGUACUAAUGGUUAACUCGAGUAUCCUUACUAGUUGAAUCUUCGAGAACACUACCCUUUUUUGGUUUUGAAUUAA